CGCUCACUGGCUCAGACAGUCUUAAGUUCUGACCAUCGCCAUGCCCCGCAGAGUGCUCAUCGGGUUUGGCGUCAACGUGGACGCGGUGGCAGGGUGGCUCGGGUCGUACGGGGGCGAAGAUUCAGUGUUGGACAUAUCCAGGGGCCUGUACUCGGGCGAGGUUGGUGUGCCGCGCCUGUUGAAGCUGUUCAGGAAAUCCGGGGUCAAGACGACAUGGUUCAUCCCCGGACACAGUCUGGAGACGUUCCCGGAGCAGAUGGCCGCCGUCAGAGACGCGGGGCACGAGAUCGGGCUACACAGGUACUCGCAUGAGAACCCUGUCUCGAUGACGCCCGAGCAGCAGAAGGACAUCCUCGAGUACACGUACGACCUCCUGACGGUGUUCAACAACAGCAUCCCGCCAAAGGGGAGUGUCGCGCCGUGGUGGGAGACGAGCGCGGAGGGCACGAUGCUGCUGAUCGACAAGGGGAUCAAAUACGAUCAUUCGCACAUGGCUCACGACUCGCAGGCAUACUACCUGCGUGACCAGGAUACGUGGACGAAGAUCGACUACAUGGCCAAGGCUGAGGCGUGGAUGAAGCCGCUGCAACGAGGGAACAUCACCGGAUUGGUGGAGCUACCUGCUAACUGGUAUUUGGAUGAUCUUCCGCCAAUGAUGUUUAUCAAGGGAAGCACAAACUCACAUGGAUGGGUCAACUGCCGAGACGUCGAGCAACUCUGGAAGGACACCUUCACCUACCUCUACCAGGAGGAAGAGGAUUUCAUCUUCCCUAUCACAAUCCAUCCCGACGUCAGCGGUCGCCCGCAUGUCUUGCUCAUGCUGGAGUGCUUCAUUGAGUGGGUCAACACCCACGAGAAUGUACACAGGAGUGGUCCCAUGGGGACAAGCUUGUGGACACGGUGAGAUUGAGGUUCGCCAAUGCGACAAGACUACAUCAUGAUGCCGUCCAUCAAGUCCAUUCAGAGAUACACAUAGCAAGAAGGAGCGGUCUUAGGUCAUACGUUAGGUGAACAUUGUGCGCAGCCUCGAAUUCGUCCACACCAAGAAACAGCAACCAAUCCCGCCAGCCUACGUACUAAAUUCCACAACAGAAUCUGGAUGCUUCGUUAGCCCUGGCAUACCACAAGAUUUGGCAAUCUCUUACCACCCCAUGCCCUGCUCUCGUUC